AUGAUCAAUGAGAUCAACACAGCAAAUAAACCGGUCAAGCUAACUAUGACCGCAAACUCAGAGGAUGUGGACUUUUUGGAUGUGCACAUAUACGGACAGGGCCACAAACUUGCAUACAGUCUGUAUACCAAACCGACUGAUAGGAAUACAUUGUUAUAUGCCGAGAACUUCCAUCCGACACAUCUUAAGUCAUCACUCCCCUACUCACAAUUUUUACGA